UGCGGAGAUAUAUCGGAUCACAGAUAUAUCGCGGUCGUCCUGACGCGAGGAUCGUUUCGUCGCGCGACACGCAACCGAAUCGCCACUUGGAUUGUUUCGCGAGCGCGGAGGAUGUCGUUCGAGUUGAAUCUACAACCACCGGGACCGGAAGCCAGGGCCGUGGCUGUGAAGGAACUCAGAGAGACCGAGGAGAACGUGAAGAAAGGACUUGCCGAGCUGAAGAAAUACCUGGAGGAGGAUGAGACCCUCUACUUCAGAACGGAUGACGACUUCCUGAUGAUAUUCCUGCGGCCAACGAAAUUUUACGCGGAGAGCGCCUACAAGCUGAUGAAGAGGGUCGCCGAUUUCAAGGAGAAGAACGCAAGCCUGUUUCAAAAUCUGAUGCCAGCCGACGAAAAAGCAGCCAUCGUCGAGAACAAUGUCGUGAACGUCCUCAAGGGGACUGAUCACAAAGGACGAAGGGUGCUCUUCGUUAAUUGUGGGAAGACUUGGGAUCCGUCUAAAGUCAGCGCCGAUCAGAUACUUCGAUUAUUUUACUUGGUCCACGACGUCGCGAUGCUGGAACCGGAAACACAGAUACAUGGAACCACCGUGAUAAUGGACUUCGACGGGCUAACUAUGAAGCAAGUGUUGGGAUUCACACCAUCCUUCAGCAUGAAGCUCCUGACGUUCAUCCAAGAUGCUAUACCUCUGCGACUUAAGGAGGUUCACAUCGUAAAGCAACCGUUCCUUUUCAACAUGGUCUGGCAGAUGUUCAAACCCUUCGUUCGCGAAAAGCUGAGGAAGCGUAUGUUCUUCCACGGAUCCAAAAUGACGUCCCUUCACGCUCACAUUCCACCCAGUCACCUGCCAAAGAACUAUGCCGGUGAUCUUCCGGAAAUGGACUACACCAGUGCCGAUUGGUACCCCACCCUGAUCAAAUACGAGGACAAGAUUCAAGAAUGGAAUUCAUACGGAUAUCGCAAGAAGUAACAGACUGAAAGAGUAAGAUGACAAAGCUAUACUUGAAACUACCUUGAAGAUCUUCGCGUGAUCGCACUCCGUCGUACAAAAUACUUUAAGUGCUUCACUGAUCAAAUCGUGUGAACUUUUUAGCGUCUAAUAACACAAUUCGCCCACCCUUGUAUAUUUCCUAUGGAAUUGUAAUUAAUAGUAUAUAUUUUUGUACAAUAGGCAAUUGUUUCUGUAAAUUAAAAAAUGCUCUUAGAUCAAAUUCGUGGCUCGUUGGGUACAAAAUCCUCGUAAACGAGUCGCAUUGAAUUCGAAGUGUGAAAGUGUAUUGUAUCUUAGAAAUGUGUAUUGCUGAAUAGCCAUGAAUUAUUUUCGUGUCAGAUACUAGAUUUAAAAGGAAAUACAAAACAUGCAAUUAAUUAUAAUAUACA